UCCACAGCGUGUGGGAAACGCCAGAUGGUAGGAAAGCUGUAUGGUGGCCACGACGCGGCGACUGCCCGGUGGCCGUGGCAGGCCAGCCUGCUCUACCACAGCGUGCACCUCUGUGGAGCCGUCCUCAUUGAUAGCCGCUGGCUGCUUUCUGCUGCCCACUGCUUCCUGAACAAAUCACAGGCCCUUGGGGACUAUAAGAUUCUGUUGGGAAACACCCAGCUGUACCAGCAAACUCAGCACACCCAGAAGAUGUCUGUGAGCAGGAUCCUCACGCACCCAGACUUUGAGAAGCUUCACUCGUUCGGGAGUGACAUUGCCAUGUUGCAGCUGCACCUGCCUGUGAACUUCACCUCCUCCAUUGUCCCUGUCUGCCUCCCUGCCCCAGAUGUGCAGCUGUCCAGUCUCACAUCCUGUUGGAUAACUGGCUGGGGAAUGCUCACUGAGGAGAAGCGUCUUUCGCCUCCUUUCAAUCUCCAGGAGAGUGAGGUGGGUCUCCUUGAGAACAGGUUAUGUAACUUACUAUACGGGCAGAGAACUGACUCAGACAAGUACUACGUCCAUGAAGAGAUGGUUUGCGUGGGGAACUCCUCGACAGCCAAGUCCAUCUGCCGUGGUGAUUCUGGGGGCCCCCUUGUUUGCUACCUUCCCAACACCUGGGUGCUGGUGGGACUGGCCAGCUGGGGUCUGGACUGCCGGCACCCUGUCUACCCCAGCGUCUUCACCAGGGUCUCCUACUUCAUCGACUGGAUUAACGGGAUCAAACGGCUCACAUCUUCCCCAGACCCAGCAUCUACUCCAUCCUAUACCUACUCUUCCUUGCCUGUGAGGGCAGCUGGUUCACCUGGACCCCACACAGCCCUCAGGGCUGCAUGGACCUGGCUCCUGCUGUCAUUUCUCCUCAGGGCCUCCCAGAGAGCCUUGACGUGA